AUGGCUCUUCUCUUCCUCAAGCAGAAGCUGUUCCCCACACAGCAAUCCAACAAGCUCUCCAAUAAACCCCUCCUCGCCCGCACCGAUGACGACGAUACCCUCCGCGGCGGCGACUCAGAUCAGGACAUUGAAUCGCAACGCUCAUACGACACUUUUGGCCGAUGCAUCAGCCGUGACGAUUCCACCCACAGCGGUGGCAGCAACAGCAGCUCUCGGUCGCGCGUCGACCCGCGCAUCAUCUCCGAUGCCAUUCUCGGUCUUUCCGACGGCUUGACCGUGCCUUUUGCUCUGAGUGCGGGUCUUUCUGCGCUGGGCAAUACCAAGGUUGUUGUGUUGGGUGGUCUCGCUGAAUUGGCUGCGGGUGCAAUCUCCAUGGGACUUGGUGGAUAUGUGGGAGCAAAGAGUGAAGCCGAAUCAUAUCAAGCCACAGUCCGCGAAACACAGGCGCUAAUCAAGUCUGAUUCACAAGAGACCCAAGCCAUGGUGCGCGAGACUUUUGCUCCCUACGGCCUGUCGUUGACAGCCAUCGAAGACAUCACACGGGACCUGCAUGUUUCGCAGGAUCGAUUGCUCGAGUUCUUGCUGGCUUUCCACCACCGUGAAUCGGAGCCCGACUGCAACCAGGCCUGGAUCUCGGCUCUCACCUUAGCUCUGGGUUACUUUGUUGGUGGAUUCAUCCCGCUAAUCCCGUACUUCAUUGUGUCGCAAGUCAUUACCGCCUUGUACUGGAGUAUCGGUGUGAUGGGUGUGACCCUGUUUGUUUUCGGAUACAUCAAGACUUGCGUUGUCCGUGGAUGGCGCGGACACGACAAUAUCGUUGCUGGUAUCUGGGGUGGUGUGCAGAUGUGCUUCGUCGGUGGUGUUGCUGCCGGCGCAGCGAUUGCUCUGGUGCGCCUGAUUGACACGGGUAAUGUUUAA